AGACACAUUGGCUGCCUUUCUGGAUCCAACGGGUCGCUUCGUCAUUGACCGUGUAAGUCUCCCAAUCAAGGUCGUCGAUUACGUUGUCACUCAACUGCAUGUUGUUGUUUCUCUUGGAUUCUGCCCCUUUCUCGAUCAGUAGCUUUAUAACGGUAUCAUUCUUCCUUUUAUUAGCUUCGUCCAAGGGCGUUAGCCCCAUGGUAUCAACUGCGUUGACAUCUGCACCCCGAUCUAGUAGGUGGCGGAUGAUGAGAUCAUGCCCCUUUUUUGCUGCACAGUGUAGUGCAGUAGCACCAUAUGCAUUUCGAAGUUUGGGAUCCGCGGAAUUCUCCAGAAGGCAGCGAACAACCUCCGCAUGCCCGGCCCAAGUGGCGAGAUACAAAGCUGUUCUCUGUAGAACGUCUGUGGCAUUGAUGUCAACAUUUAAGCCAAUCAACGACCUCACGAUGUCUAGAUGGCCCUCCUUUGUCGCUAAGUGCAAUGCGUUCCACCCAUCGAGCUUCGUUGUUGCACUAGUUGAAGCUCCACGCCGAAGAAGGGAUGAUACGGUGGAUGUCCACCCGCGUCUAGCGGCCCAGUGUAAGGCGGUCCAACCUCCAACAGUUGCCACAUUUGGGUCGACCUUCUUGUCCUCCGCCAUAUGUUCCACAAUUUCCGUAAGGCCGAAGUAUGCGGAGAUAUGUAGUCCUAUCAUUCCUCGAUAUGCUCUUUCGUAAUGGCCGGGGUGCUGCUCGUAUAUUGACAUGAUUAGGCCAGCAGACAUGGUAUUGGCGCUUGAAUCAAAUAGAGCCAUGACAUCGUCAAUAAUAUGCUCUAAGGAAACGUUAUGGGCAUGUUCCCCCCAGUAUCUUGCGGCAUAUCCCAGCAUGGCGUAUCUUUUCAACCUAUCUCCUAAGUCUGCUUGUUCGGAGGGGACUAUGAGGGAGAAAGACUUGAAACGGAGACAUGUGAGGCAUUUCUUGGCAAUGACCGUUUGGGGUUCCUCUGAAUUGGGCAAAAGAUGUUGGAAUUUCGGUAGGUAUAGCUGAAGGUAUUCAUUGAGCGUAUAGUGUUCCAGAAACACCUGGUGUCGAGCUCGGUCAAUGAAGAUGAGACCAGCACAAAUUUGAUCCAGGGUGUCGAUAAAUGGCAAGUCCUCUGGGUUAAGGUCUUCGCUUCCUAUCUGAAUCCCGAUUGCUUCUAGAAGCUCUCCGAUGGUAAAGGGUCUUAGUGCAUAAGCUAACCACAUUAAUGCUUCCAGUGCGAAAUGAGACUGGUCUGCUUGGCCAUACAUGAGACUCUCCAA